CAUACUCGUCGCUACCGUACUGGAAAUUCGAUACUGUGAUAGUACUCUAGUGUGUGUGUGUGUGUCAAUGAUAAAUUUAGACCGUGGUUAGAGAAUGUAUACAAGGUUUGUUGUAGUGUUGAUGUUUGGGAUACAUAAAAAUAUUUAUUAGCGAAGUGGAUGCUUUGAAUGGAGUAGCAUCUGCCAUUUUGAUCAUACCUGGAUCAUGAAAACGAGCAUGUGGAUUUUAUUGUGUGCAUCGGAACUUGAGCAACGAGUCAGUGAACAUUUCACCGGUCAGACGGCAGUGAAAGGACAGAUCCAGAUAGAGCAGCAAUGGGCUCGGUUUUGUUGAUGAUACUUUUGGCUAUGGUGGGUGGAGCUAUGUCCCUGACAUACGUUCACCACAAUAACGCAGCAAUGGCGGCAUAUCUCCUGGAAGUACACAAAAACUACCCGGAUAUCACCAAGCUGUACAGCAUCGGGAAGACUGUCAAAGGUGAGGACAUGUGGGUACUGGCAAUCGGAAGCUCGUUUUCUAAUCUCGAUCUCCGACCGCACGUGAAGUACAUCGGAAAUAUGCACGGCAAUGAGGUCGUCAGUCGAGAAUUGUUGCUGCACCUGAUUGACCUGUACGUGACAUCCUACGGUACCAAUGUGACCCUGACCCAGUUCCUCGACACAACCACUGUGCACAUCAUGCCGUCCAUGAACCCCGAUGGUUACAGCGUAGCUGUGGAAGAACAGUGCGGUGAAGUCUUGGGCAGACCCAAUGCUAAUUCGAAGGACUUGAACCGAAACUUUCCCGAUCUCAUUCACGACUUGGCAGUGAAACCCGUCCAACCGGAAACGCAGCACGUGAUAGACUGGUUGGACGACUACAACUUUGUACUCUCGGCCAACCUGCAUGGCGGUGCUAUGGUUGCGAACUACCCAUGGGACCUUUAUAUGAACACUCGAUUCCAAACAAUCGGAUCCGGAAAAUCAAUAUGUCCGGAUGACGACACAUUCAAGUAUUUAGCCCUUACCUACUCGAGGUCACACCACACUAUGUCUAAAGCAAAUGGCACUGAAUGUGGAGAUAACUUUCCUGAUGGCAUUACAAACGGAGCCGACUGGUAUCCUGUGUCUGGCGGCAUGCAGGAUUACAACUACAUUGCAGCAGGCAUAUUUGAAAUCACUCUAGAGGUGUCCUGCUGCAAGUUUCCGGCUGCCCCAACUCUCGUCGAUUACUGGAUAAAGAACAAAGACGCGCUUGUAAACUACCUUUUGCUGGUGCACAUGGGUGUUAAAGGGUACAUCCGGGACAAAAACAACAACUCGUUGGAUGGCGCUGUGUUGAGCAUUAAAGGACGAGAAUUCCCGCGAUUCAGAUCAAAGCAUGGUGGCCAGUACUUCCGACUUCUCAUGCCAGGCAAAUAUACAUUGAAUGUGAGUUACAAGAACCACACCGAAAGCAAGCAGUUCACCGUGUCGGCCGGCGUCGUCACUCGACUUGACGUCACUUUGGACGUUGACGAACGAGACCCCCUCGAAUAACGCACUAAAAUCCACGUCCUCUGUGCCAACUAUGGCCACGUUCUAUAUGUUAUUGCAUGCUCUAGUGAAUUCAGAACGUUGAUAGCUUCAUUUAAUCACCCGCAUAUUAACGUCAAUAGCUUAUUAGCCUUCGUAAAUAAAAAAAAUGGCAUUAGGUUUGAUACAUGAAUCUGUGAGCAGUAAAACAAGAAAAUAACUCCUCCUUAGAAACGGUGUUUGCUCGCCCAAUACUGGCGCUUUGAAAAAUGUCACAUGCAUCCCCGAAACCUGUCACUUGUUUAUGGAUGGUUAUAAUGCGGAUUUGGCCUUUCUAUUUGAUCUCGUCUGGUCAUCAUCAGUCAUUCCAUUACACUGGAGGGACAUAUCCAAGGUCCAAUGGUGCUUGCAAGUUUUGGGACUUUAUUCACAGUCUUAUUUGUAUGGUUAGCAGUGUAUGCCUAGUAGUUAAUAUAUGCCCCGAUUAGAGGUGUGUGUACAGUAAAUUGUAUAAUAACGAGUUUUAUCAUGUAAAUUGCGUUGUUAUUGCUUAGUUUAAGUGCUUAUACUGGUGUCUCGAUUAGAUAAUUGUGUCUUGUUGAGUGUACAAGUUUUGUAUUGUAAAAAUGUUUAUUUAAUUGUUUAGUUGUUAUAUCAGAUUGUGUUGUACGACAUUUAUUUGCAUAACUAUUGACCAGGCACAGAUUCCUCAAUGACGUGUAAUUCUUAAGCCCAAUAAACACUCAAAAUCAACGAAUAUUUCGUAAUCUAUUUCGUAAAUAAAGUUAACACAAAACAAUCCGUGUUUCUUAUAGAAAAGCAAAUAUUUCGACGAUAAAUGUGGCAUGGUAUGUUCCGAUAUCGUUGAUUUUGAGGUUUUUUUGGGCUUUAAGAUUAGGCAAAACACAAAAUAUCAGAUAUAAUAUGGAAUGUAUGCAUUGUUUUCAAAAGCAAAAUAAAAGUCAUAACUUAAA